GUUCUUUGAACAAAUUACAAACGAAAAAGAUUUCGACUGGUCGAAUAGUGGUGGUAGCGGAAGAAUAAACUUAAUGCACUCUCGAUACAAAACCAAGAAAAAGUGUUAGAAAAUAAGUUGGGCAGAUAAAAUAGAUGCAGAUAUUGUACAAAAUAUUGAAUUAAAUUGCAUUUACUUUAGUUGAGCGAAGAAAAUAAACCAGUGCAAAGUGUUAUGGCUUUCAUUUGAAGGCUGAAAGAGUGUGAAAAAAGGUGUGAAAUGUUUGAAAAUCAAUAACAAAGCGAAAUUGGGAAAAGUGCACUUUUACUGGAGUGAAUCUCUAAGUUGAGAAAUUCUUAUAAGUAUAAAGUGUAUAAAAGUGUUGAUUCAUAAACCAGUAAGAAUAUAACAAAUUCUAGUUGAAAUGCAUGAAGUAUAAAGCGUAAAUAGCUUUGUAGAUUAUCCGUAAAGAAUAAGUAUUUUUUACCAAUCCAGUACGGGCGUGAGUUUGAAUAUAUUUUAUUUAACAAGAAUAAUCGGUACGCGAGUUUUUGACCAUUACAUUACAUUGCCACAACGCUUUGUAUAACAAAGUUCAUUGCGUCCCGGCUUUCGUGAUGUGAAUUAAUUAUUUACUUUUUCCCUUAUUUUCCGACAUGUGUAUGUAUGUAUGCCUGUAGUGCUUUUGCUGCGUUACAUGUACUCGUUCACUGCUUGAAAGGUACAAUUUUGAGCGAUUUAAAAUUUAAAACAGAGAAGUGGUUUUAAGAAGCAAAUGCAUGAAUAAGUGACACAUGCUUAAAAAGUGAUCAUAAAUAAAGUUGUAAAUAAGGUCAAUCUAUAGCAACCAACGCGCUUGCUGGCUUACUUAUUCAAUGAGCAUAUGAAUUGGUGAAUCAUUAUUGUAAACACAACACACAACUCUUUGUUGUAUACAAAAAACUGCUUUAAAACCGGGUAAAAAAUAUAGGCAGCUUGCCAAACAGCCACACAAGCACAUAGUGAACUACUUUAACGUGGCCCUGUGAGCGUCGUGCAGCUUUAUUACGCCAUAAGAACAACAAACUUUUGCAACAUUUUGUUAUUCCUGUUACUACUUUGCCGUCUGUGCGCAACCUCAAAAAGUGUAACCAACAAACCAACAAUUGCCACACACUCCAACGCCAUACAAAAUAAAACAUGGAUGUUGCGUCGCGAGGAGUUUCCGCCAUUGUCGAAUAUGAUUACGAAGCCAAGGAACCCGAUGAGUUGGAUCUAGUUAAAGGGGCGCUGAUACACAGCGUUAAACAAAUGCCGGGUGGUUGGUGGCAGGGUACACUGCAAUCUAACGGCAAAACGGGCAUGUUUCCUGAUAAUUUUGUACGGGUUGUUGAUAAUAGCGACGACGAAAAUAAAGUCACAAUAAGGGACAAAGCCGCCACAGUCAAUCGCCGUUGUAAAGUCAUCUUCAGCUACACACAAGUCAAUGACGACGAGCUGUCGCUGGCCGUGGGUGAUGUCAUUGAAUUCCUUGGGGAGGUCGAGGAAGGCUGGUGGCGUGGACGUUUAAAAAAUAAAAUCGGUGUAUUUCCAUCAAAUUUUGUUACCGUAAUUGAACCAUCACCUAUAUUUGCUAGUAAAAGACCAGCAGCGGGUCCUACUGCUACAACGACUGCUCAAUCGUCAAUAGGAAAAGUAACAACUGCCAGUAAUUCUGCAGCAUCAACGGCGGCAACUGCAUCAACAUCAAUGGAUAAGUCGAAUAUUGUCGGCGUCAGUAAUAGUUCCAAUAUAACAACUAGCACAAGCUCUUCUGCUACAACCAACGUCAGUUCGACAGCCACAGCAACAACAACAGCAACGAAGAAAAUGAAUCGUAUUAGUUUUCACAGUUCGAAGGAGGAUCUAUUGAAUUGUAGCCUUAGUAGCGUUAGUAAUGCAUCUGCCACAACAAGCUCAAGUCAAGCUGGCGUUUUUGAUGAUAUUGCACCAACGUUGCCACCGAAACCGCAACGGGAAUAUUGUCGCGUUGAGUUUCCAUAUACACCGCAAAAUGACGAUGAGCUGGAUUUGAAAGUGGGUGAAAUCAUAACGAUCAUCAGCACGGACCUGCCGGAUAGGGGCUGGUGGAAGGGCGAACUGCAUGGCAAAGUUGGCGUAUUUCCGGAUAAUUUCGUUAAACUCUUAGAAGUUACAUCUUUGAGCGACCCACAACAGCCCCAGCGUACUGCCAAAGCAGCGAAUGCUACAACCACAGCCAACGCUAAUACAGCACACUUGAGAUCAGCCACCGGUGCGGCAGCCACAUCGGCGGCACACACCGCCGCAGCUGGAACUUCAUCGAAGGUACUCAUCAAGAAGUCGGGCAGUAAUUCGUCUACGCAGAGUUCCAAUCGCUUGCAGAGCGGCAAUGUUGCUGCACAACGUAAAUCGUUGGAGAAUAAAAAUUUAGAUUUGACAGCGAAUGCGGCGGACGCCAGCAGCCGAUUGGCAUUGAAGAAGCAACAAUUACAGCAGCAGCAGCAGCAGCAUUUGCAGGAGACAAAAACAAUAUUGACGAACAACGGUGGAUUUACAACAACGACCACAACAACAACAAGCAGCAUGAUGUCGUCCAGCACAGCUGCGGCUCUGUCCAAUGAAUUGCGGAAGAGUUUGGAGAAUCUGGAUGAGAAGACGAAGAUAACGCCACCACCAGUGCUGACGAAGAAGCCCACCGUGACAACGAAGAAGCCAUCGAGUGUUUCGGGUGUUGCGAGCAAUCUCUUCGGCUUUGGUAAGCAAAAGACGAAAAGCACUGACAGCAAACUCACCACUGCGGUAUCGCAUGACAUUGCCGAUGGCAUGGGUAGCAGUAAAAUGUCUACGAGUAGCCAAAGCGAAGCAGUUGUCAUGCGUCGUGCCGCCACCAUUGCGGUAGAGGAUUCAGAUUUCGACCACCUCGAACGCGCCUCCAUUUUACCGGACAUGCGCGCGGGACGUGUUAAAGCGCCCAAACGGCGACCACCAUCGGCGGCCAUAAAUAUCAUAGGCGAAAGUAAUAAUAACAACACAAUAUACCUCAACGGCAGCGGUGCUGGCGGCGGUGUAUCUGCCGGCGAACUCUCACAAGAUGAGGGCAAAUUACAAUCAUCCGACGAGAAUUCCACUGGUGAGGAGACUUUGGCCAAACCCAAGCCACGUGAAUGGGAGAAAAAGAAAGCACCUUGGAUGGAGGAGCUGAAAGCAUCACAAGUAAAGAAAAAGACAUCACCCAAUGUGGAACCACGUACGCAAGUGGCUGACAGAUCGUCAUCUUUAUUAGGCGAUGAUGUCAAAGUGACGAGCAACAAUCACACGUCGAGUAUCAGCAGCAGUAGUAGCAGUCACACGCAUAGUAAUAACGCAACCAGUAGCUCUGUUACAACCACGACGAAAAUUCACUCGUCCUCAACGUCGGUUUCGUCGAGCCAAAUGCAGCAAUCGAUGACUGUCGAAAGUAGUCAGCAACUGUUGAAGAAGGAAUUAAAUUCAAACACGAUUGCUGACAUCAUGACGAAGAGUAUGAGCAAUAAAUUCACCACUGACUCAUCACUGUCAGCAGCAGCGUCGACCAACGCGCCGCCUAUUGACGAUGUGCGCAUACGCCCCAACAGCCUAUCGAUACGCAACCGCAGUAUGUCACCGUCGAUGUUGGAAAGUAGCGGUACCGCGAACAGUGCGCGUUCAACGGCAAUGAAGAGUAGUGCUUCGGUGGCACCCUCAGAGUCCAGCUCCAAUGGCACUGUGCCGACAAAUGUACCGACGGCGGCGACAGCAGCGGGCUCUAGCCAAAAUUCAGCAGGUGCAACCAAUCAUUACCAGCAACGGACCAGCAGUGGCACUACGGCGUCACUGAGUGGUGAUGGCACACGUAUAGGCGAACUGGAGCGGCGUGUAGGCAAACUAGAGCUCACUGUGGUGACACAACAACGUACUAUCGAUGAACUGAUGCGGUUGCUGCGCGAGGAAACGGAUCGGGUGAAGGUGUUACGCGGCGAAUUGGAUAAAUAUGCGCAGUGCGUGACGCAAGUUUAAUUGCAUAGCAAUAUGCUGUAAUAUAAUGCUUAUUGUUGUUAGCAAAAUGUAGCGGUGUUCAGUAGUGGUUGUGCCCCAGUCCCACGUAGACACCCCAAAUGACAAUGCGCUUGCGGGGGAAGAAUGUAGAGCGCAUAUGGGUGGUUCUUCUUCUUAUUUACCAGCAUAUUUCACUGCAUUCCAAUUUAUUUUAUAAUGCGUUUUUUCUUCUUUGAUUUUCCUUCUAUAGCUAUGUGAUUAUUUUAUUCAUACAUUUAAGGGCAUUGUAAAAAAGGUCCCACAAGUAGCGUAUAACGAAAUUUUGUAUGCGACAUUAGUAUACCUAGUAUUCGAAAUGUGCUAAAUUUUUUAUUUUUCUUUUUAUUGAAAUCUAUAUUUUCAUUUUGCUUGAAUUUCUCACUGCGUCUACGAUCGGAUCGUAAAGUGGAUGAGCGUAAAUAAUUUGCUUCUUAUUAACUACUUAAAAUUGGUUUGCUGAAAUAAGAAAUAAAUAUAAAAAUAUACCCAGUAGGCAUAAUUAUAAAAGUGUUAAAUACUACUAUAAAGCGAUAUUAAUAAAAGAUAAUUGUACCAUAUCGAA